ACGAGAAGAAGAAUGCCAAACGAUUACGGCAUCGAACUCCCAACGGCCACCUUAAUGAAGUCCGGUCGUGAACUUCAAGGCGUGGCCCAGUGAACGGUGGAUACUUAUUUCACACAUUUCUCGAGUGUCGACUCUCGAUCGGGAAGGCAGAUGGAUCGUCGUCCUAAAGUCGAAGUGGCGGUGCUAACUCUGCUUGCUCUCCUCCAGUUCCUCGCCACUUCGCACAGAGCAGAUGCAGGGAACCCGCUUGCUCCUCUCCUCCAGCCUCUCUUCGGUAAUAUGUGCAAUAGGAGCACGCAGUGCGGAAGGGGAACCUGCGAAGAGUCAUCGGACGUGUUCUUCGGUUACGUGUGCAAUUGCGACAGGGGGUGGAGCCAGUUCCAUGUCGGAGAUAGCUUCAGAUUCCUCCCUUGCGUCGUCCCCAACUGUUCCCUAAAUUAUAAAUGCUUCAAUGACUCCGGGACUCCGGCAACGCCUCCUGAACCACCGCGUUUCCCCAACAUAUCGAACAUUUGUUCCGUUGCCUACUGUGGAGGAGGCCAGUGUGUGCAAAACUCGACGUUCGGGUAUCAUUGUGAUUGCCAUGAGGGCUACAGCAAUCUUCUCAACAGCACAAAUUUGCCUUGCUACAGAGACUGUUCUUUGGGAGCUGAUUGUUCCGAUCUUGGUAUUACGCUGAACAAUUCUUCGUCGUCUUCACCGCCAAGUCUUUCAGAUAAUGGUGGGAAUCCAUCUGGAGGAGGUAGGUUUGCUCCAAAUAGCUUCCUGUGGAUAGGCAGCUUCUUGGGGAUUUCCUUUAUGGCUUUAGUGGGAUAGCCAGAAACCAUAGUAGCAUGAUAUUUAUAUAUACAUACACUAUCUUAUCAUACUAGAUGAUCAUUUUCACUUUGACAUUUUACAGCAUUUUUUUUAAAUUUUCUUCCACCUAUUUAAUAGGAUUUUGAGAUCUGAUGUAAAUGGCAUUCAGAGCAGCCACUGGCUCUGAUGAGGAUGUUGUUUGAUCAUUCUAGAUUGGUAUUGGAAUAAUAAAGUGGCAGAUCAUUUAUUAGAA